UGGGCUGCGGAGAUGCGGGGCACGAGCUGCGUGGGCGGUGGUGGCGAGAGCCCGGGUGGCACCGGGCUGAGUGAAGGCCCGCGGGGUCGGUGGCUGCGCCUGGCUCCCGUCUGCGCCUACUUCCUCUGCGUCUCGCUGGCCGCGGUGCUGCUCGCCGUCUACUACGGUCUCAUCUGGGUCCCCGCGCGGCCCCCCGCGGUCCCCGCUGGCCCGCCGCCGAGCGCGCCGUUCCUCCCAUGCGCUGCCCACCCGGGCGCGCCGCCGGUCCCGGCGCCCGCCGCUGCCUCGGUGUCCUGCCUCCUGGGAGCCCCCGGCGGACCGCGACCCCAGCUCGAGCUGCCACGCAGCCGCCGCCGCCGCCACAGCGACCCCAGCCGCCCGGAUCACCAGAUGCUGGGAGAGACAGCAGAGGCAGCGGGGGGGCGAGGACCGAGGUAACCAUUCUUUGCACCCCAAAGCUGGACUGCUGGCACUGCAGAGGCCGCACACCCGCCGUGGAUGCUCAUUCCCGGCUGGGCCAGGAUUCCGUUUUAUUCAUGACAUCGCCUGGCGUCUCUGGAGCUGUCAUCCUGAAGAAUGGAGAGGGUGAGGGGGAGCUGGCUCGGGGCCUCGCCCUUCGCAGCUCCUCCCGGACCAGGCCGGGUCUUCCACCAUCCGGCAGACCACACCCUGACCGCUGUCUCCUGGCCCUCCCUCCGUAGGGUUUGGAGCACAGAGCCCACAGCCCUCCUCCUCUCUGACUCUUGGUGUCCUUUCGUCCACCUGCAAUAAACUCCAGACCCAACUGUCUCGUGCUGUUUGUCUUGUUGUCUGCAGAGGCCCCUCGCUCUCGACUUUGUGAUCUUUGUCUCUCUUGCCUUGGUGGGGUGGGCUGGGUGUGUUUUUCCCUUCC